GCAAAUCUCUUCUUUUGUAAGAGUGCACAUUCGGAGCUUUAAAAAAAUUUAAAAGCCAAUGAAGCAUCGCACACAAACAUUAUCGGCAGCAAAGCAGCUGAUCCGAGCCGAGUUGGUAAACAACGCUGUAUAGAUGGUGGGGGGUUGCCACCAACUUUAAAUAUAAGGGAGUAGCCAUCUUUUAUCCUCGGCGACAGACUGGCAGACGGAAUACACACACACAGUGCGCAGCGCGAGAGAAAAGAUUGUUCGAACGCCUCGCGGCUCUCAGCUCUCUCGGAUCAGCUGGUUUUUCCUCGUCCCUCCAAAAAGCACGAUUCCCUCACCUGGACUGGAAGCUUCUCGACGUGACACUCUUAUCCAGAUGACGUCCGUCGAUCAGUGCCAUUGAGAGCUGCCACGACCGGGAGCAGGAUUGAUAAUCCGGCAUUUUUUACUAGUCUGAAAGCUCUGGCUGACCUGAGCUUUUUCGCAUGCUCAGACUAGAGUCUGACAAUGGGUAACGCAGGCAGCAACCAGCCUGUAAGCCAUCAUCAUAGUGCCAGCUCGCAUCGAGAAGUGCAUAACAGGCACAGCAAGGAACACCAUCCACCACCGUCCCCUGGCAAGGAUGGACAGGCCUUUGUAUUUGAUAAGAAGCCUAAUAAGAACAUCGUCUUUCAAUCCUCAAACGAAGAGGAAGAGCCAUAUUUUACAAAGAAAGAUGUUAAGGAGGUCCCCAAUUACCAUGGUGCAAGACCUCGCUCUAAUACAGUCUCCGAGGGAACUACAAAGCCUACUGACAGAAAGGUGUUACCGACUGUGUUCAAAUGGGAAGGUGGUGGCAAACAAGUGUUUAUAAGUGGUACUUUUAAUGACUGGAAAACAUUACCCAUGGUGAAAAGCCAUGGAGAUUUUGUUACUAUUAUAGAUCUGCCUGAAGGCGAGCACCAGUACAAAUUUUUCGUUGAUGGAGAAUGGAGGCACGACCCUGGCCUUAAAAUGGUUGACAAUGGAAUGGGUUCCAAAAAUAACUGUGUAUCAGUGAGAAAGUCAGACUUUGAAGUCUUCCAAGCAUUGGCAAAAGACAGUGAAGGAAUCAUCAGUAGUGCUCAAACAGAAUACGGCCAAGAAUUGCCACCACAUAAACCUUGGGAAAAAACGCCUGGGCCUCCGAUUCUGCCACCACACCUGCUUCAAGUUAUUCUCAACAAAGACACACCUUUAUCGUGUGAACCUACGCUGCUACCGGAACCGAAUCAUGUAAUGUUAAAUCACCUCUAUGCAUUAAGUAUUAAAGAUAGUGUGAUGGUGCUCUCGGCGACUCACCGCUACCGCAAAAAAUACGUGACAACGCUGUUGUACAAGCCAAUCUAAUUCAAACGAAUUCAUCGCAUUCAUUCCCAGCCUGAGAAAUUGCUUAGCUAAUAAAGUAUGAUAGGGGUCAAAGAGGAGAGAAAGUGAAAUAUAGAGAAUCUGCCCUAAGGAAAUUUUUUUAGAUAUACCUAAAUGGUGUGACAUGAGAUAAAAAGGGUCCGAUUUGUGGUUCGUGGAUCGAUUAUUAUACCUCGAAUUGUAACAUAUGUAAUUAUUUAUUAAAGUAAUAGUUUCGAAUUAAA